AGACACCUAGCUCCUCCCUCGAGGCAGUCCCUUCCUCUACAUAAGAAGAGCUCCAUAGGCAGGCAUCUCAAUGGGCAGGAAGUUCUUAGAGAGUUAUUGUUGUGUAUGAGCACAAGCGGUCUCUCUUUUUAGCCCAGUGUAAGGUGUAAUAGCUCAGAUCGAGGAUGUCUCUUAUGGAGGGUCUUCUCCUCCAGGCUCCCAGCACAGUGACACUGGUGGGGGCUGUGCUGUUUCUGCUGGUCCUCUACCUCCUUUCCUCUGGAUCCAGCUCUGAGGAACACGGAAAGGAGCCUCCAGGACCCAGGCCGCUGCCCCUGCUUGGUAACUUGCUCCAGCUGGAUCUCAAGAGGCCCUACCAGACUCUCUGUGAGGUGAGAUUUUAAUGUCAAAAGCUUGCUUGCUUGAACUAUUCAAUUUCAAGUACCUCCUUUCAAGGUAUUGGCUCACAGUACCCAGCUAGCACAUUUGGUUUCUUGGAAGUUGUGGGAACGUAUGUUUUUGGUUUCAUAUUGGUUGUGGGAACGAAGCCAUACGUUUCCUGACCGGUAAAAUGUAACGUUUUUUAAACGUUCUGAGAACAGAAGGGAACAGUUUGCGGAAAAUAUUGAUUAUCUUGAGGGUUUUUUAAGAACUUCCUUAAAAGUUGCACUGAAUGUUUCAAUAAGACUUUUAAUAACACUGCUAGCUUAUUUUGUGUUAGCUUUUUUGAAUUCCAAGCACAGACAGGACACAUGGAAUUUCAUUUCCUUAGGCAUUAAUCUUGAAAACACAUUUCUCUUUUAAUUGUGACACAGCAUCAAUGAGAUUCAAACCUAUAAUUUUCUGUUCUCUAUCAAUGGAAUUGGUCCACAGCGUCACCAGGGUGGAGCUAGCAUGCCAUGUUUUUUUAAUCAUACAAAUCUGUUAAUUUUAGUCUAUUCAAACAGACCCCAUUUAAAAGGAAACAAGCACUCAUUAAGAUUAGCUGUGGCUGAACAGUAGGUGCAGCCAACACACCCGAACACACUUAACAAGAUAGAGGAUAGAGAGAGUUUUGUUGAUGCUGAGAAUGGAAUGUAUGUUUAUAAAUAACAUUCUUAUAACGUUCUCUGAACGUUAUUAAAGUUUUCUUGUGGUUUUUAUGGAAAGUUUUCUUAAUGUUCUCAGAACAAUUUGAGAACAUGACUUUAAAUUGAACAAUGAGGAAACCUGUAGGAAACAUUAUGAUGAAGUUCUCAAAUUCCCACAGAAGAACGUUUUUUCUUAAUGUUCUCUGAACUAUUUGAGAACAUUUGUCGGGAUCGGUGUCCAGUAAAUGGGACGGUUGAGCUAAUGUGCGCUAAUGUGAUUAGCUUGACUGUUGUAAGUAACAGCAAACUUUCCAGGACAUAGACAUGUCUUAUAGGGGCAGAAAGCUUACAUUAUUGUAAAUCUAACUGCACUGUCCAAUUUACAGUAGCUAUUACAGUGAAAAAAUACCAUGUUUUUGUUUGAGGAGAGUGCACAACAACAAAAAACAUAUCAAGUCAACUGGUUUGAUACAUUCACCUCUGAAGGUAAAUAAUAUACUUACAUUCAGUAAUCUUGCUCUGAUUUGUCAUCCUCAGUGUCCCAGAGAUAAAAGGUAGCAUAGUUUUGUUUGAUAAAAUCAAUUUUUAUAUUCAAAUGUAGGGACUGGGUUCUACAGUUUGAACCCCUGCUGUCUCUGGCUCCACACCCACCCCUACCGGCCAUCUAGAUCUAUGAAAGUUAGGGUAUAAGCUAAUGAUCCAUCGUGUAUGACAUUCCAAACUUACAUUUUGUAUUACCAUAUCAUUUUUGUAUGUUCUCUAUAGUUAUGUACUUAAAAAUGUAUCAAUUGACCAAUUUGGCACAUUUGGGCAGACAAAAUAGUCCAGUAUUGCAAUUCUUCACUGGAUCAAUCUGAAGCUUUGCGCGCGCACUGCUGCCAUCUAGUGGCAAAAAUCUAAAUUGCGCCUAAACUGCAAUAUUAUAUUGUGGCCUUUCUCUUGCAUUUCAAAGAUGAUGGAACAAAAUAAAACGCAUGUUUUUUUGUUUGUAUUAUCUUUUACCAGAUCUAAUGUGUUAUAUUCUCCUACAUUAAUUUCACAUUUCCACAAACUUCAAAGUGUUUCCUUUCAAAUGGUAUCAAGAAUAUGCAUAUCCUUGCUUCAGGUCCUGAGCUACAGGCAGUUAGAUUUGGGUAUGUCAUUUUAGACGGAAAAUUGGAAAAAAAGGGUCAGAUCCUUAAGAGGUUAAACCAGUUUGAGAACGUUCCUGAACAUUACCAACAUUUAAUUAAAUUUAACCAUGUUUGAACUUUUAGGAAACAUUCUGUUAAAGUAAUGAAAUACCAAUAAAAUAACGUAUUUUUUGUCAAGUUCCUUAAAUGAAGUGACAAUGUUCGAAAGCCAAGCAGCUAUACUGCACCAUUCCCAGAAAGAUGUGGGAAGGUUGUUUGCAGAAUAACCAUAUGACAACCACGCUCUCACCAAGCUCUAAGAAACAUGGUUCUCAGAACGUUAUGUGCUAGCUGGGUAUUUACAUUAUCAGUCAUUCAUUUCUGGAAGGUAACACAAAAAACUUGUCUGUCAAACAUUGACCUCAGAAGUUCAUACUCUCACAUUUUACGAGGCAUUUGGCUUUGAAAGGAAAGGAUCUUAUCUGUCUAAACCUGGCCUUUCGGCUUAUUUCAUGUUUUACAGCUGUCCAAGAAAUAUGGCUCGGUGUUCACAGUUCACGUUGGACCCAGAAAAGUGGUCGUUCUUGCAGGAUACAAGACAGUCAAGCAAGCACUGGUCAACCAUGCAGAGGAGUUUGGGGACAGGGGCAUCAAUCAUAUGUUUAAUGAAAUAAACAAAGGACACGGUAAUGUCAGAUAACUUAACUGAUUCUCAGGCCUACUACAUUGCAAACCUUGACAAUGGACAGUUAAGUAGGCAUGCUUGGUGCCAGUGGUGGAAAAAGUACCCAACUGUCAUACUUGAGUAAAAGUAACGAUACCUUAAUAGAAAAUGUCACCCAGUAAAAUUCUACCUGAGUAAAAGUCUAAAAGUAUUUGGUUUAAAAUAAAAUAUACUUAAGUAUCAAAAGUAAAUGUAAUUGCUAAAAUGUACUUAAGUAUCAAAAGUAAAAGUAAAAGUAUGCACACAUGACUGUAAGUCACUUUGGAUAAAAGCUUUGGAUAAAAUCUGCUAAAUUGCAUAUUAUUAUAUUAUUAUUUCAAAUUCCUUAUAUUAAGCAAACCAGACACCACCAUUUUCUUGUUUUUAAAAUUUACGGAUAGCCUGGGGCACACUCAGACAUCAUUUACAAACGAAGCAUGUGUGUUUAGUGAGUCCGCCAGAUCAGAGGCAGUAGGGGUGACCAGGGAUGUUCGGUUGAUAAGUGGGUGAAUUUGACUAUUUUCCUGUCCUAAUAUGCAUUCAAAAUGUAACGAGUACCUUUGGGUGUCAAGGAAAAUGUAUGGGGUAAAAAGUAUAAUAUUUUCUUAAGGAAUGUAGUGAAGUAAAAGUAAGUCGUCAAAAAUAUAAAUAGUAAAGUAAAGUACAGAUACCCCAAAAUACUACUUAAGUAGUACUUUAAAGUAUUUUUACUUAAGUACUUUACACCACUGCUUGGUGCCAUACUGUAAAAACCAACAACAAUAUAUACGAUGCUCUUCUGUGUUCUAACCUAACAACCCCAAAUAUCUGAUAUAAAUAUGAAGAAAAAAUCUGAUUUUGUAUGAAACCUGCUACUUCCAUUAAUGUGUUUUCUUAAAAUAGUUUUGUAUUCCUUUAAGAAUGUCACUCAACUACUACAUCAGAACAAUUUUGUUCUACUGUACUUUUUUAUAGGUAUUGUAUUUGCCAAUGGAGAUUCAUGGAAAGAGAUGAGACGCUUUGCCCUGACAAACCUUAGGGACUUUGGAAUGGGCAAGAAAGCGAGCGAGGAGAAGAUCAUUGAAGAAAUUCGCUACCUGACUGAAGUGUUUGAAGAGCACAAGGGUAAAAGUUUGAUGUUCUUAUAUGAAUAACACAAGAAAAAUAAGUCUUCAUCUUGUCUCAGUUUUUCUCAUUUUGAGUCUGUUGUUGCUCUUUGUCACAGGUAAAGCAUUUGAUACAACCCAGCCAAUUAAUUACGCCGUCUCCAACAUCAUCUGCAGCAUUGUGUACGGCAGCAGGUUUGAAUACUCUGAUCCCCGGUUCCGACGCUCGGUGGAUCAAGCCAAUGAGGCCAUCCAACUUGGAGGAUCUGUUUCAAUACAGGUACGAUACGGUGCUUAUCAUGUUUACUUUGAGAACAAUGACAGACUGGUCACACUAGACUAAAUUAGUCCAAGUAUAAUAUAUACAGAGUUCAUUCUUGCGUUGCUUUUUAUUUAAAGUUGUACAACAUUUUCCCAUGGUUGGGCCCAUUGCUGAAGUCCAGGACCCGUAUCAUUAAAAAUGUUACCAACAACCAAGAGGAGAUGAUGGAGCUGGUGAGGGGGCUGAAGGAGACUCUCAACCCUCAGAUGUGUAGAGGCUUUGUGGACUCGUUCCUUGUCCGAAAGCAGACCCUGGAGGUAUAAAGAGUUAUUACAGUUAUAAACAUGUAAUUUCUUGGAGUGAAUAACUAGGGGGUCCGGGGAGAUGAUUUAGAAAUACCUGUUCUUGUUUACUGAAACAUGACCUGUGUUUGUUUGUUUAUGUAUUAAAAGGAAUCAGGCAACAUGAACUCUCAUUACCACAAUGAGAAUCUCAUACAGACAGUGGCCAACCUGUUUGCUGCUGGUACCGACACCACCGGGACAACCCUGCGCUGGGGUCUGCUGCUCAUGGCCAAGUACCCCCAUAUACAGGGUAAGGACUGAUACUCACACACUCACCUGACAAACACGUUGUACAGUGAAUUCGGAAAGUAUUCAGACCCUUUCUUUUUUGUUAAGUUACAGCCUUAUUCUAAAAUAGAUUAAACCGUUUUUUUCCCUCAUCAAUCUACACACAAUAUCCCAAAAUGACAAAGCAAAACCAGGUUUUUGGAAAUGUUUGCAAAUGUAUUAAUAAUAAAUAAAUAAAAAUAUCACAGACCCUAUACUCCAUACUUUGUUGAAGCACCUUUGGCAGCGGUAACAGCCUCGAGUCUUCUUGGGUAUGACGCUACAAGCUUUGUACACCUGUAUUUGGGGAGUUUCUCCCGUUCUUCUCUGGAGAUCCUCUCAAGCUCUGUGAGGUUGGAUGGGGACCAUCACUGUACAGCUAUUUUCAGGUUUCUUCAGAGAUGUUCGAUCGGGUUCAAGUCCGGGUUCUGGCUGGGCAACUUCCUGUUGGAAGGUGAACCUAUGCCCCAGUCUGAGGUCUUGAGCGCUCUGGAGCAGAUUUUCAUCAAGGAUCUCUCUGUACUUUGCUCCGUUCAUCUUUACCUCGAUCCUGACUAGUCUCCCAGUCCCUGCCGCUGAAAAACAUCCCCACAGCAUGGUGCUGCCACCACCAUGCUACACCGUAGGGAUGGUAUUGGCCAGGUGAUGAGCUGUUUUCCUCCAGACGUGACGCUUGGCAUUCAGACCAAAGGUUUCUUGGUUUCAUCAGAACAGAGAGUCUUGUUUUUCAUGGUCUGAGAGUCCUUUAGGUGCCUUUUGGCAAACUCCAAGUGGGCUGUCAUGUGCGUUUUACUGAGGAUUGGCUUCUGUCUGGCCACUCUACCAUAAAGGCCUUGUUGGAGGAGUGCUGCAGAGAUGAUUGUCCUUCUGGAAGGUUAUCCCAUCUCCACAGAGGAACUCUGGAGCUCUGUCAGAGUGACCAUCAGGUUAUUGGGCACCUCCCUAAACAAGGACCUUCUCCCCCGAUUGUUCAGUUUGGCCGGGCGGCCAGCUCUAGGAAGAGUCUUGGUGGUUCCAAACUUGUCCAUUAACUCUGGCCUUGGUUUUUUGCUCUGGACAUGAACUGUUCUCAACGUGGGACCUUAUUACACAGGACCUUGUGUUGCCUUUCCAAAUAUGUCCAAUCAAUUGAAUUUACCACAGGUUGGACUCCAAUCAAGUUGUAGAACAUUCCAGGAUGUAAUGGAAAACACGAUGCACUGUGCUAAAUUUGAGUCUCAUAGCAAAGGUCUGAUACUAUGUAAAUAAGGUUUACUUGCUGUAAACGUUGGCAAAUUUCCCACUCGAAUCACAGGUCUUUGAAUUGAAUUAACAGAUUUACAGCUGGUCCACUCCCUCCAGGCCUGAAGAUCAUUCAUAUUUUAUAGUGUUUUUGUCCCUCCCUCAACUAAAGAUCAAUCAGAUUUGAUAGUAUCUGUGUCCCUCCCUCAACUAAAGAUCAAUCAGAUUUUAUAGUAUGUUUGUCCAUCCCUCAGGAUAAAGAUCAUUCAUAUUUUAUAGUGUCUUUGUCCCUCCCUCUUUCUUUGUUUUCCAGACAAGGUCCAAGAGGAGAUAAGCAGGGUCAUAGGAAGUCGUCAGGCCUUGGUAGAGGACAGGAAGAACCUGCCCUACACUGAUGCAGUGAUCCAUGAGACCCAGAGACUGGCCAACAUUGUACCCAUGGCCAUCCCUCACACCACCAGCCGAGACAUCACCUUCCAGGGAUACUUCAUCAAAAAGGGGACUGAAGUGUUUCCUCUGCUGACGUCUGUCCUGCAAGAUGAGAGCGAAUGGGAGAGCCCUCACACCUUUAACCCCGCCCACUUUCUGGACGAGGAAGGUCGAUUCGUCAAGAAGGAUGCCUUCAUGCCCUUCUCUGCAGGUGAGUCCCACUGUUUUUUAAUACUAUCAUUCAGCAAUUAACUACAUCUGAUAUCCUUCUAUGGUGCUCAGUUAACUACAUCUGAUAUCCUUCUAUGGUGCUCAAUUAACUAAAUCUGAUAUCCUUAUAUGGUGUUCAAUUAACUAAAUCUGAUAUCCUUCUAUGGUGCUCAAUUAACUAAAUCUGAUAUCCUUCUAUGGUGCUCAAAUAACUAAAUCUGAUAUCCUUCUAUGGUGCUCAAUUAACUAAAUCUGAUAUCCUUCUAUGGUGCUCAACUAACUAAAUCUGAUAUCCUUCUAUGGUGCUCAAUUAACCAAAUCUGAUAUCCUUCUAUUUUGCUCAAUUAACUAAAUCUGAUAUCCUUCUAUGGUGCUCAAAUAACUAAAUCUGAUAUCCUUCUAUGGUGCUCAAUUAACUAAUUCUGAUAUCCUUCUAUGGUGCUCAACUAACUAAAUCUGAUAUCCUCAUUGCUUUGACUCAAAGAGAGUUGAGGGGAUGGAAAUGAUGUUGUACCAACGUGGAAUAGACAUUAAAUUGACGUCUGUGCCCAGUGGGAAUAUUGAUAUUUGUCAACUAUAGGAACCUAUAGUUAUCUAUGUUAUUAUAUAGUUACAGAUCUAUUGUCCUCAUGUUGCUUCCUCAUAUUCCUCUUCCAGGUCGUAGGGUGUGUCUAGGAGAGGGUCUGGCCAGGAUGGAGCUCUUCCUUUUCUUCACCUCCCUCCUGCAGAGAUUUUGUUUCUCUCCUCCUCCCGGGGUAACAGAGGAUGAUCUGGACCUCACACCAUCCCUGGGGUUCACCCUCACUCCUUCACCACACCAGUUGUGUGCUGUGAGCCGUGUCUGAGAUGAGAGUCUGGUCCCAAUGUAUAUUACACACUAGACUCCCAACUUUAUGAAUAUGCUGAACAACUAUUUUGUCGCUGAACAUGGACAUGAAUGAUAUGAAUAUAUAUAACUGGCUACAGGGAUCGGAGGUUUAAAGUUGAUUGGACCAAAAUGAACUGAAGCAGCUUUUGAUCACCAUUCAGAGUGGCCUUGCAGUCCUAGAUGCUGACAUCCGUAUGAUGUCUGAGGGGCAUUUGUGUAAAACCAAUUUUGAUCUAGAAACAUGACACUCAAAUGACCUUUUAGGGAUGCCCUAGGUGGGGUCCUAUGUAAAAUGUCAAUGUCCGCAGGAAGUGGACGUUAUGAUUGAGAGAGCAAACUUGGAUGUUAGGAUCCUAUUCUUAUACUGCAAGUGCCCUUACCCCCACUGAGCUCCAUAGAAGUGUCUCCUGAGUGGCGCAGUGGUCUAA